AUGUCAAUGUCAAAGAUAGUAUCACGUAUACCACCAUCGGUAAACAAGUGGAUACCAGAGUAUGUUGUUGAGUUUGCAAAGAGGUAUCCAUUCACAACUGCUCAGAUUGGUUUGUAUGCCUUUGCAUUGAUCGCUGGUAAACUGGUCAAGUUGUACAAGUCAAUCAUUCCAAACAAUACAAUCAUUGAAAUUGAUUUGGCCAAUGCUACUCUAGUCACUAAAGCACCAAGCCAGAUUGAUCAGAUACUUGAGCCAAACUCUGUAUAUUAUAGAGAUAUCAUUGAUGGCUUGAGAAAGGCAGCUGAUGAUCCAAAGAUCAUUGGUCUGAUCUUUAGAUUGGGCAACACAAACACACUCAACUUGGCAGCCCUCCAGGAGUUGCGUCGUGUCGUACAUUACUUUAGGUCCAAGGGCAAGUCAACCGCAGUCUUUACCGAUACGUUUGGAGAGUUUGCCGCUGCCCCUGCUCUAUAUUACUUUGCCAGUGCAUUCGAGAAUGUAUACUUGUCACCAUGUGGAGCAGUCAACAUUAUCAAUUUGAGAUUGGACCAUCCAUUCCUCAAGAAGAUGUUGGACAAGGUUGGAACAAAGACUGAGUUCAUCAAGAGAAAGGACUUCAAGAGUGCCGCCAACAUAUUUACUGAGGAAUCAUUCACUGAGGCAGAUAGAGAAUCAACAACAUCAUUGGUCGAGGACCUCAUUGGUGUGAUGAUUGAGGCCAUUGCAAAGGACAGAGGCAUGUCAGUUGAUCACAUUAGGGAGCUGUUUGGAUCUGGUCCAUUCAGUGCAGAGACGGCAUUGAAGAUCAAGUUGGUCGAUGGUCUUUACUAUGUGAACGAGGCCUACGAUCAGUUCAAGGAUAGGAUCAAGUCAUCAAAUCCAAAGAUCAAGAAGACACCCAACAUGAUCUAUCUUCCAAAGUACCUCUCAUUGUGUGGCAAGCUCAACACCAAGUCCAGGAAGAACAAGAUUGCCUUUAUCGAGGUCGAGGGACAGAUCCAUUGUGGAAAGUCACUCAGCAAGAUGAAUGGAGGACCAACCAUUGGCUCAGAGUCACUUCGUCUGGCAAUCAGAGCGGCAACAUUGGAUAAGAGCAUCAAGUGCAUCAUCAUUCGUGUGGACAGUCCAGGUGGAAGCUAUGUGGCCUCAUGCAUCGUGUGGAAUGAGAUCGAGAGAGCAAAGAAGGCUGGCAAGAAGGUGAUUGUCUCCAUGGGAUCAGUGGCAGCGAGCGGUGGCUACUUCAUAGCCUGCAAUGCAGACAAGAUCUUGGCCGAGGAAGGCACCAUCACUGGCAGCAUUGGUGUGCUCGUUGGCAAGAUCAACUACAAACAGACGGUUGAGAAGAUCGGUGUAACAUUCGAUGCGAUCAGAAUCAAUGCCAAUGAGAACGACUCUGAUGACAAGGACAACAGUUCUUUGUUCUCAUCGCUCCACGACUACAAUCAGAUGCAGCGUGACUUUGUCAAUCAAGAGUUGGACGUCAUCUACGAGGACUUCACCAAGAAGGUCUCUGAGGGCAGGAAGCUCACCAGAGACGAGGUGGAGGCUUCGGCCCAAGGCAGAGUGUGGACUGGCAAGCAGGCAUUGGAGAGGAAGCUGGUCGACAAGAUUGGUGGCAUGCACGAGGCCAUCGAGCUUGCCAAAGAAGCCUGCUCCAUACCCAAGGAGGAGAACGUGCAGUUAGUCUCCUUCCCCAAGGAGAACCUCAUCGAGAUGUUGCUCAGCUCAUCACAACCAUACAACUCGGAAGAGACCGACAAGAAGGGUGUUCCCGUUGGUAUCAAUACCAAUCUGUGCAUGGGCGUGUCCAAUGUAUCAAAGGUGGUCACAACACUUCGUUCACUUGGCAUCCUCGACUCUCUGUUCCAAGUGGCAGCCUCGCGUCUUCCAAACAAUCUAGUCAGCGCUGUCAACAUGGAAUUGAACAGACAGCCAGUUUCACUCCAAGCUGAUUCAGGAAUAAUCAAUUCCUUCUCUCUCUAA